AUUAAUUAAAAUUAUUAAAUCCAUGAUGAUAAAAUUUAAUUUAUUUAACUUAAUUUUAUUAUCAUAUACUAUAACGUGUAUGGGCGGAAAACGAUCGGCGCCACCAAACGUAAUCGUAUUCAUGACGGACGACAUGGGUUGGGCGGACGUGGGCUACCACUCGGACCACGUGCUCACCCCUAACAUCGACACACUGGCGGCCGAUGGCAUCAUUUUGAACCAGUAUUACACACAACCCCUCUGUAGUCCGAGUAGGGGUGCGCUCCUGACUGGUGUACAUCCGAUACACACCGGACUACAAAACUGCGUAAUCCUUGACACACAGCCCAUUGGUCUGCCCCUACACUUCAAACUCUGGCCCCAGUAUCUCAAACAAUAUGAUUACGCCACACAUAUUGUUGGAAAGUGGCACCUAGGUCACAUGCAACGAGAACACACACCAACAUACCGGGGCUUUGACAGUCACGUGGGUUUCUGGUCGGCAUACGAGACCUAUUUUAAUCACACGAAUUGCGACUUCAGGAACAGGUGUGGACUGGACUUCCGGCAUAACAUGGAUUUGAUAACAAACGCGUCGGGAGUUUAUUCGACCCAUUAUUUCACCGACAGAUGUCGCCAUGUUAUAGAUAAUCAUAAUCAAUCGAAACCACUAUUCCUGUACAUGCCCUACCAGUCCCUUCAUUCGGCCGCUUUGAAUCGGACACUGGAGGCGCCACAGGAGUACAUCGAUAAGUUUGGUCACAUUGAGUCCGACUAUAGGCGCCGACUGGCGGCCAUGGCUUACGCAAUGGACGAGUCGAUUGGGGAUAUUGUCGAGCGUUUGAAUGCUAACAAUAUGUUGGAAAAUAGUAUAAUUAUAUUUAUUACCGAUAAUGGUGGUGAUCCAGUUCAUUUAUUCGGUAAUGGUGGAUUAAAUUGGCCCUUGAGGGGUAGCAAGGUGCACUUGUUUGAAGGGGGUGUUAGAGUACCGGCGUUUAUAUGGAGCCCAUUGUUGAACAAAAGUGGUUACGUAUCGGACGCCAUGAUUCACGUGACAGACCUGUUGCCCACCGUUUUGGACGCAAUCAACAGCACCGGUAUUCACGAUGAGGCAAAUAUUUAUGGAGUUUCCCAAUGGAGUACCCUAUCAAACCAAAAACGCCCGGUGCGUUGGGAAAUCAUACACAACGUGGACCCGGUGUGGAACAUGUCGGCCAUACGGUGGUACGAUUGGAAAUUGGUACAAUCACCAAUACCCCCGUACAGGGUGGACGGGGACAGUCGUACGCACUUUGCUUACCAAGGAGGCAUAAGCAUAGACACCCAGACCUACUGGGCCCUACAGAUGUCCGAUAGGCUAAGCUGUAAAGCCAGUAAAGUAUUAUCACUAAUGGGAAGGCGCGCUGACUAUAACGUACUCCAGGGGUCGGUAGUUGAGUGCCCGGAGCCACCUCUACCGGGAGAGGUCGCUACGUGUGAUAGGAGUCUGUGUUUGUUUAACGUAAGGGACGACCCGUGCGAACGGCGCGACCUAUUGGCUGAGACGGAGCCCGAGUUUGUGGACUUUUUGUGGAGUAAAUUAGUGGAGUUUAAUAGGACGGCUGUCCCGCCCCUAUCCCUCGUACCCCUGGACCCUAAGGGUGACCCUCGACUGCAUAAUAAUAGUUGGAUUAAUUGGUUGGAUAAUGAUGUGGAUAUGGGUGCUGAUGGACAGUAUUAA